CUAUUUUUACGCGUGGACAUCGGACACCAGGCUGGGGCGGCGGCGGCGACGGCCGAGGCGGGGCCGAGCCGGGUCGGGCGUCGGGGCCACACGUUUGUCCGCGGGUCGCCGGGGCUGCGAGCGCCAUGGAGCCGCGGUGCCCGCCGCCGUGCGGCUGCUGCGAGCGGCUGGUGCUCAACGUGGCCGGGCUGCGCUUCGAGACGCGGGCGCGCACAUUGGGCCGCUUCCCGGACACGCUGCUCGGGGACCCGGUGCGCCGCGGCCGCUUCUACGACGGCGCGCGCGGCGAAUACUUCUUCGACCGGCACCGACCCAGCUUCGACGCUGUGCUCUACUACUACCAAUCGGGCGGGCGGCUGCGGCGGCCGGCGCACGUGCCGCUCGACGUCUUCCUAGAGGAGGUGGCCUUCUACGGGCUGGGCGCGGCGGCAUUGGCGCGUCUGCGCGAGGACGAAGGCUGCCCCGUGCCGCCCGAGCGCCCCCUGCCCCGCCGCGCCUUCGCACGCCAGCUCUGGCUUCUCUUCGAGUUCCCCGAGAGCUCGCAGGCCGCGCGCGUGCUUGCUGUCGUGUCUGUGCUCGUCAUCCUCGUGUCCAUCAUCGUCUUCUGCCUCGAGACGCUACCCGAUUUCCGUGACGACCGCGACAACCCGGGACUCGCUGCGGUGGCUGCCACUGGACCGUUUCCUACUCGGCUGAAUAGCUCCAGCCCUGUGCCUGGACCCCCACCUCGCACCCCCUUUGAUGACCCGUUCUUUGUGGUGGAGACGCUGUGCAUCUGUUGGUUCUCCUUCGAGCUGCUGGUGCGCCUGUUGGCCUGUCCGAGCAAGGCGGCCUUCUUCAAGAAUGUGAUGAACCUCAUUGAUUUUGUGGCCAUCCUGCCCUACUUUGUGGCGCUGGGCACUGAGCUGGCCAGGCAGCGGGGGGUGGGCCAGCCAGCCAUGUCACUGGCCAUCCUUCGAGUCAUCCGACUGGUGCGCGUCUUCCGCAUCUUCAAGCUGUCCCGGCACUCAAAGGGCCUGCAGAUCUUGGGCCAGACGCUACGGGCCUCCAUGCGUGAGCUGGGCCUCCUCAUCUUUUUCCUCUUCAUCGGUGUGGUCCUCUUCUCCAGCGCAGUCUACUUUGCCGAGGUCGACCGGGCAGACUCCCAUUUCACCAGCAUCCCUGAGUCCUUCUGGUGGGCAGUGGUCACUAUGACCACAGUCGGCUAUGGAGACAUGGCACCCGUCACUGUGGGUGGCAAGAUAGUGGGCUCUCUGUGCGCCAUUGCUGGUGUGCUGACCAUUUCCCUGCCUGUGCCAGUCAUUGUCUCCAACUUCAGCUACUUUUACCACCGGGAGACAGAGGGCGAGGAGGCUGGGAUGUACAGCCAUGUGGACACGCAGCCCUGUGGCCCACUGGAGGGCAAGGUCAAUGGUGGGUUGGUGGAUGGAGAGGUGCCUGAGCUACCACCUCCCCUCUGGGUCCCCCCUGGGAAACACAUGGUCACCGAAGUGUGAGGGACAGUUGAGGCCUGCAGGACCUCACACUUCCUUGGAGGGAGGGAUGGAUGGGAAGGUUAGGGGGAAGGGUUUGGGUUUAGGAAGAACUAGGUUAAGUGGUAAUGAAUUGGGGAACACUGAAUCAGUCUUAUUGGGUCUUGAGCUGUGGUUUGGUAGCUCCUAUGGGUACCUCCUUAGGUGGCAAUGAAUGGCAAUGGGUUAUGCUGAGUUGAGGGGGAGACUGUGCUGGUUUUUAUUGUAUUGGGUUGUGCAAGGCUUGUGGAGCCUUUUGGGGUAGUGUUGAAAAAGAUUUGGUCACAUAGUUUUGUGAGUUUCUUAGUUCCAUGCUGGGUUGGGUUGUCAGUCUGGGUGAGUCUUGUCCAACCACAUUGUGCAGGAUUCUGUGGUUUUAUGAGUCCCCUACGGCCAUGUUGGGUGAAGUUAGGUGGCCACCCACAGCAUUGUUGGGACUAAUUGCGUGCUCAUGCAUGGUGUUGUGGAGUUGAGACAUGUUGGAAAUUGUGUGGCUUUGUGAUUCUUCUAGAGCUAUGUUAUUUUAGGUUCUGUGAACUUGUGAGUCAUGUAGAAAUGCGAAGAGUCAAGUGAUUGAAUGUGAGCUUUCUAGGUCACAUUAGGUUAAGUUGAGUUGGAAUGUAUGACCCUAUGAGUCUCCCAGGGUUCUGUUGGGUUGGACUGUGUAGAGUUAUGUGGCUGGAAGUUUUUCGGGGCCACAUGGAGUUGAGUCGUAUUGAGUUGUAUAGCCAUUCAAGUUUCGUAAGGCCAUGCUCAGCUGAGUUACAUCGAGUUGUGUCAUUGUAAAUCCCAUAGGAAUGUUGGGUUGAGUUGAGCUGUAUGCAUGAGCUCCAUAGGGCCAUGUUGGUUUGUUUUGCAUUUAGUGGUAGCACCGGGACCCAAGGAUAACAGCAUUGAGAAGGAAUCAUGUAUCAGGGAGUGAGUGUGGUGUUGUGGACUUGGAGACAAACUGAACUGGCUUGCCCAGUGUCACUCACUAUAAGGGCGGGGCUGGGUUCUGUAUCCAUAGAUUCAGUUGUUCACAAAGAGGGCCUCUGGGUCAACUAGGAAGAUGUAGACACUCCUUCUAUUUACCCACCUGCUCGUUUUGCCAUUCAGACCCACUUACUAUCUGUCCUCCCCUAUAGUUUUGCUUCCAGAUAUGGAGAUCAGAACCACAGGGAAGAGAGCGAGGGGAUGACAUUGUUUGUACUCUGUCCAGACAUGGAUGGGGGGACAGAAACCCAUAGGAGGGGGACAGAGACCUGAGGAGGGAUAGAAACUCAGAGAAAGAAAGAGAUAGAAACCCAGAGAAGAGGGGACGAAGUCCCAAAGAGAGGAAGAGACUCAGGGAGGAGGAGACAAUGACCCAGAAGGAGGGGGACAGGAACCCAAAGACAGGGGGGGACAGAGACCAAGAGUGGAGGAUAGAGACCCAGAGGGGGUGUCCAGCACCCAGAGAAAGAGGGACAGACACCCAGAGCUGAAAGAAGACCAGAGUGCCCCAGAGAAAGAGCCAAAAGAGAAAAAGUUAGUGCCCUGAGCCCGAGAGAGAUGUACAGAGUCUCUAUUCCAUGGAACCACAAAGAGAUCCCCAAAUUGGGCACGCUACCCCAUCUUCCUGCAGCCCGGGAAGGCUGUCAGACAAACAGGGGAGAAACCAGAGUCUUAGAGCAUGAGAGUGGCUUCCCAAGGUCACUCGGCCCGUCACCAGGGGCCAGGACUUAUGGCAGGCUGCCUGACCCCAUGUGCUCCGUCAGCCUUCUGGUACGCACAGGACCUGAGUCCAAACAGCCUCACAAACAAGGAAACUGAGGCUCAGAGGGGAGGGUGUUACCCAAGGUCACAAAGCCAUACAGUUUCAGAGGUCUUUCAGUACUAAAAGGGCAUUUCAAGAAGGAGGAAGAAGAGGAGGGGAGGGUUAAAUCACUAACAUAUAUAGGGUUUCCUAUGUGCCAGGCAUCAUUCAAAGUAUUUUACUUGUGUUAAUUAAAACCC